UUCCGGUCUCUUUAAUUUACUGCCAAUCGAGCUCAAGUGCUUCCAUAUUUUUCUCCCUUCCUUCACAUCAACCACUUCCCCAACCCCACAACACCAUGCCAGCAGCAGUUAGAGAACGCUCGCCCAGCAGCCCAUCUGGUAGGGCAGCAAAGAAGUCCCGGAACAACACAGAACACGCCGUGUUGAGCUCCAUCAACCACCCCUCGGCCGAGCAAGUGGCCGCCUACAGGGAAAAAUACGUCAACGCAGCUCCCUUUAAACAUGCCGUCCUUAGUGACCUUUUGAGCGAUGACCUGCUUGAAGGUGUCGUGGAGGAGUCCAAGAAGUUCGGCAUGAGAGGAGAGGAAGGCAGCCUCCCCGGAUGGGGCUGGGAGCAAAAGGAGACAGACAUUUAUAAAAUCCACCAAACUCCUGAUCUUUCUUCUCUCAGUCCUGAACACCUUCCUGAUGAAACGCUCGAGGCGUUGCCAUUGUUGACACGGUUGAAGGACGCUUUGUAUUCCCAGGAAUUUAGAAAUUUGGUCCGUCAGGUUACUGGUUGUGGUCCUCUUUCCGGUACAAAGACCGACUUGUCUGCCGCCCUCUACACCAAAGGUUCCCACCUUCUUCUACACGACGACUCCAUCUCCACCCGUCUCAUCUCUUACAUUCUCUAUCUCCCCUACUCCAUCGAAGAGGCCCCCGAGUCCCAGAACGUGGCUCUUCAACGUUCUACGAACGGGAAGUUCCUCAAGGGAUGGGACCCUGCUUGGGGUGGCUCUCUGGAGCUUUUUUCCGUAGAAACCGGAGAAGAAGUUGGUCCUCCCAGCGUGAAGCGAUUUGCAAAGGUCUCUGCUACUUGGGGUCAAAUUGUCUUCUUUGAGGUGCAACCGGGAAGAAGUUACCACUCUGUGGAGGAGGUUGUAAUCGAUGAAGGCCGCAGGAGGUUCAGUGUCAGUGGUUGGUUCCACCGACCCGUCGAAGGCGAGGAGGGUUAUGCUCCCAUUGACAAGGAGAAGGAGCAAAAGCAGCUCUCUUCUCUGGCUCAGAUUACAGCCGCUCCUUCAAUGCCCUUCACCCCUUAUAACACCACUCCUCCUCCCGGCCUCAAGCCCUCCGACAUUGCCUUCCUUUCCAACUACCUAUCUCCAUCCUACCUCACUGUUGCCACUCUUGAGCGACUUUCUGGGCAAUUCGUUGAAGCCUCCGAGAUUGUCUUGCACAAUUUCCUUCAGCCCGAACUUGCGGCGAAACUCAAAGCAGAGACUGAAGGUGUUGACAAAAAGGACCAAGCUUCUUAUGAAGGCCUUCUUCCUCCUCAGGAGCUCGGUGAAGGUGACGGGUGGAUCAUCCAAGGUCCUUCCUCUAAACACCGAUACCUCAAUCUCACCUCUCUUACCACCUCCACUCCUAUAGUCCAGUCUAUCCAUAACGUGUUAUUCCCCUCUGAGGCUUUCCGAGCAUGGCUCUCUGUGGUCUCUUCUCUUGCUCCCACUGGCCACCGCAACGAAGCUCGCCGAUUCCGAAACGGUCUCGAUUACACUCUCGCCAACGGUGAAGGCAAGGAUGGAGAUGCUAGACUGGACGUCUCUUUGGGUAUGACAUGGUGGGCCGAUGUUCCGGCGGGAAGUGAUGAGGAGGAUGCUUUGGUUGAAAACGGUGGUUGGGAGGCUUACCUCGCCGCUCCUGAUGAGGAUGAGGACCCUACUGUGUACCAAAGCUCUGUGGCAAAGAAGGCUGUCAAGGAACACUCCCAGGAGCCCAAGGAACCCAACGGAAAGAAGGUUGAGGAGAAAUCUAAGCCUCAGGCGAACGGUAGCAGCGAGAAGAAAGAUGGACCUUCAAUUUCAAUCGGCGGCCAAGAGCUUGAGUUCGACCCCGACCAAUUCUCUCCUUCUGACUUUGACUCUGAUUCUGAAGCUGGCGACGAGGAUGAUGGGCCUUUGUUGACCCAACCUGUGGCGUUCAACAAACUCUUGCUUGUUCUUCGUGAUCCAGGGGUUAUGAAGUUUGUAAAGUACUUGGGAGCGAACGCGCCAGGAAGCAGGUGGGAUGUAUCGGGUGAGUUCGAGGUAGGCGUCCUUGAAGAGGAGCCAGCUGAGGACGGUGCACCCGAAGCUGAGGGUUCUGGUGAGGGCAAGGCGGAUGCGUGAUGUGUAUGAAAGAAGUCUUCGUCAUAAUUGGUCGUAUUGCCUGUAGAUUGUAUUUUUUUUCUACGCUUCCUUCAUAUUCAUGCAUCCUUACUU